CGCGCCCCGCAGUCGGGAAAUGGGGAAAACCGAAUUUGCGGGGUGCAGGGUUAGAUCAAUCGAAGCUUGCCCACAGUACGGUUGCCUUCGCGUUCGCGUUCUCGUUGCGCUCGUUCUCGUUUUGUUUGUUGUUUGUAACACUCGCUGGUCGGUGCGGAAGGGUAGUGUACGGAGGACUCGUGUAGUGUGUGUAGCCGAAAGUAAUAAAUAAAAAAGAUAAAAGCGCUCCCACUCCUCCUUCGAGCGACACCAAUCAACUCCAAAAUCAAACUCAACACACACACACACACACGGCCGGCUUGGUUUGGGGCAGCCUCGAAGCGGCCCGACCAUGGCAAGGAUACCGGGACGCUUGUUGCAGCGGUGCAGCCCACGAUGGAACGCUUGGAACGGGUGCGAGUGACCGGCUUAGGACGUUGCCACGCCAUCUGAUCUCCCUGUGGCACAGCGAGUGUGGCGCCGUGUGGCCUCGUGCGUCGUCAGCGACACAGCACCAUCAUUAACGUAUGUUUGUGUGUGUGUGUGUGAAUGUGUGAACGGUGUCCAAAAAAAAGACACAAAAAACGGUGGCCCAAGUACAGCAGUGAAGGAAAAAAAAUCGAAAUUAAAGUCCCAUCAGUCGCCUGAAGAGAGAGAGAGAGGUUGGGCCCCACGCCCGUUGUUCCUCGGUAGUGUUAUCGUUUCGGGCUCAAAGUAAACAAGUGUGGCAGGAGAGGGCAGCAACAAAAGCAAAAAGUAAAAAAGUGUCACAAAUUGUGUAAACCGAAGAAGAAAAAAAACACACACACACAUUAAGGACACCGGAUUGGAUUGUGACCGCACUUUCAACCAUUGCAGGACAUUCGACGCGCGGGUUGGCGAAUUAUGAACAUCCGAACGGGGCACCAGCAGCAGCAGCAGCAGUACUUACCGCAGUCACAGCCCCAGCCAGGACGCCGACAGGGUCCGGAACGCGACGAGCAGGAGGACGACGACGCUGCGUGCUAGUGCGAUGGUGCUCAGCACGGAGUGGUCCCAGGUGGAGAUCAUCGACCUGAUCAACGAUGGCAACGGGCUCGGCUUCAUGCUGGUCGGGGGCCGCAGCACCGGCGUCGUGAUCAAGGCGCUCAUACCGGGAUCGGUGGCCGAGCGGGACGGCCGGCUGCAGAGCGGCGACCACGUGCUGCAGAUCGGGGACGUGAACCUGCGCGGCUUCAGCUCGGAGCAGGUCGCGACCGUGCUGCGCCAGUCCGGCCAGCAGGUGCGCCUGAUCGUGGCCCGGCCGGUCGAGCCGACCUCGCCCGACUACCAGGCGCUGGCCAGCCAUGCGCCCAUCAUCCCGACCAAGAUGCUCACCGAUCCGGACGAGCUCGACCGGACGCUGCUGCAAACGUCCGGCUACACGUCCGGUGCCUUCCUGCAGCCGGCCGGCCCCGGCACGCUCGGUACGCUCGGGCUGCUGGCGGCUGCGGCGGCGGCGACCCCGACCAACACUGGCCAGCCGGACGGGGUGGGGCUCUGUCCCACCCACAUCGAGGUGGUCGCGGUAAACAACAACAGUCUGAACGGCGGCGGCGGCCCGCUCGACACGCCCAACGGUGGCCCGCUGGCGCUCAUCUCACCCACCUCGAUCGCGCUGCCCGCCCUGCCCCCGCACGCACUGCACUGUCCGGCGGCCCUGCUAGCGGAGGCGGGCGUCGACGGGCUGCCGCUGGAGGUGGUCGGGCCGCUGCCGCCCGCCCCGCUCGGUACGCCCCAGUCGCCCCAGUCGGUGUGCGGCGGCGGCGGUGGCGGCGGCCCGCCCGACACGCCCGAAACGGAAACGUACGAGGUGGAGCUGCGCAAGAACGUGUACGGGCUCGGCAUCACGGUCGCGGGGUACGUCUGCGAGGAGGAGGACCUGUCCGGCAUCUUCGUGAAGAGCAUCAUCGAGGGCAGCGCGGCCGAGAUGAGCGGCAAGAUCGCCAUCAACGACCGGAUCGUGGCGGUCGACCAUCGGUCGCUGGCGGGCGUCACCAACCACCAGGCGGUCGAGAUACUGCGCAACACGGACAUUGCGGUGCGGCUGACGCUGGAGCGGUUUCUGCGCGGCCGCAAGUACGAGCAUCUGCAGGUGGCCCUCAUCGACCCGAUGGUGCCGAUGGCGCCGGGCAGCGGGCAGUGCGGCGGGCCGCCCGGCGGUGGCGUUGCGGCGGCGUGCCACGGCGAGCGGGCGGGCCGCAGCAACGGUACGGCGCACCAAGCGGGCCGGACGGGCAGCGGGGGCGACCUGGUGGGCAUGGUGCUGUCCCACUCGCAGACCCUGUCGCACUGUGCGUCCCAGUGCCAGUCGCAGCGCUGCUCGAUCGUCCAGUCGCCGUCGGCGACGACGCUCUCCAUCUGUCCGGCCCGGUCCGACGCCGACUCGAUACUGACCGAGUGCGGGGGGUACGAGUGUGGCGGCAUCGAGCCGGAGCUCGAGUCGGGCACGACGUUCGAUUCGAGCGUGUUCGCGCUGGAAAACGGGACCGAGGUGGCGUCCGGCGACGAGCUGCUCCUGCUAGACGACGAACCGCACGCCGAGCUGGAGCAGGAGGAGGAGGAGGAGGAGGAGGAGGAGGAGGAGGAGGAUGGGGAGGAGCUGCCAGGAGCGCGGUACGCGAACGGGACGAUGGGUUUGCCGCCGGCGCCGCCGCCGCCACCGCCGAUCCGCACCUCACCCCCGACCGGCGACAGUGACAGCUGUGAUACGCGAACGGCGCGCGGCCGCAGCGCAGGCGACGAACCCGGCGACCCGACCGUGCAGCGGUGGUCGCGCGAGGUCCCGCACAGCCAGAUCGUGGUGGCGGACAUCCGCAAGCUGGCCGGGCUCGGCAUCAGCCUGGAGGGCACGGUCGAGGUGGAGGGCGGGGUCGAGGUGCGGCCGCACCACUACAUCCGCUCGAUCCUGGAGGACGGGCCGGUCGGGCGGGACGGCCAGCUGAAGCCGGGCGACGAGCUGCUGCAGGUGAACGAGCACCGGCUGCAGGGGCUGAAGCACAUCGAGGUGGUGAAGAUACUGAAGGAGCUGCCGGCCCAGGUCCGCGUCAUCUGUGCGCGGGGCAGCUCGCCCCCGACUGUGAUCAACACGUCGCGCAACGCGGAAGCGUUCGAGGCGCGCAGCCUGCUGGCGGGCGGGCUGCAGAGCCUGCAGAGCCUGCAGGGCAUCCUCACGAAGGCGCAGUCGGAGAGCUCGCUCUACACGUCCAGCACGGCCACGCUCACCGACCAGCAGCGGUCGAAAUCGGUCGAGCAGGUGUCCGGGCUGGCGCUCUGGACGCACGAGGUGCUCUACUGCGACAUCGAGAAGACGGAGCGGGGCUUCGGCUUCUCCAUACUGGACUACCAGGAUCCGCUCGACACGGACGGCACGGUGAUUGUGGUGCGCGGGCUCAUACCGGGCGGGUCGGCCGAGACGACCAACUUCAUCUUUCCCGGCGACCGGCUCGUCUCGGUCAACGGGCACAGCCUGCAGAACGCGACGCUCGACCAGGCGGUCAGCAUACUCAAGGGCAUACCGCUCGGGCCGGCCCGGAUCGGGCUGUGCCGGCCGCUCUCCACCUCCGACAACAACCUUUCCUCCACGCCGGAAACGCCGACCACCUAGCGCGGGCAGUGGCGCGAGUGCGGCCGCCCGUACGGAGACAGCUGGCCGCAGACGCCCACAUUCUUCCAUUAGCUUCAUGGUGACCACCCCGUCCCCGGGUCGGAGGCGUAGCGGCCAUGAGGUGUGCGUAGCGUGUGCGUUCAAUCAAGCGUGCCUUUUCGGUGGGCAAAUGAAGGCCUUCGACAUUGUGCAGGGGCGGCAACCGCUGUACAGUGACUACUUCAUCGUGCCAUCUUGGUUUUGCCUUAGGAAGGCCUCCGCACCAAGUCCUGCUCGUUCGCCGAUGCUAAUUUAUGUCUCCAUCAAUAUUCAUUUUCCCCUCUUUCCCCCCCGCCCCCCCCUUCCGUCCUUUCACAAAGUUCGCCCACCUCCCGGGGCGGCCGUCGGGGGCUGAUUGGGAUGAUUUAUGCGAGCAACGUCACGACUUUUAACAUCCAGCGGGCGCGUCCAUCGUUCGGUAUGCGACAUUUUUCGCCGCCACGCUCCAAGCGAUGGUUUGAAGGUCGCGCAGGACUUUGGGCAGCCCUGCGAUGCAGCCCAGCGGUGGAAAACAUUAAACUAUUGCCAGUGUGCCUGCUGCCAAGGAACGCGAACAAAAAAGCUUUCCGAAUUGGUUGUCCCAAAGAACGAUGGCGUAACAUGAUCGAAGUACAACGCUAGCGGACUCCAAAGCCAAACCGGUCCCGAAAAGACCUGGCGGAACCUGAGUGCUGCCCGGUGCCGCUCCGAUCCGAUUAUAAAUCAAGUGGAAGCUUCCACUCCGCCGUUUAGGGCGCAAUAAUUUGUUGACACAGAACAAAAACCCGGCACUUUCCCAGCUGCGACAGGACACAUCCCAUGACCCGUGACGGUUACGGCGAGGUACGGCAUUGGGGCUAGGUUGGGAGUAUUUUUGGCGAAGGUAAAAAGGACCCGUGGUUGCCUGCUUCCCCCACACCGGAAGGUCAUUAAUUUAAGCGGUAUUAAAUUUACAGCCCUUCUGGACCGUGGGGGUGACAUUGUGGUCCGGGGGAUUUGUGCGAUAAAUCGAACCGUCGCAGGGUUCUCCCCCCACCGCCACCAACUACAGCCGCACAAACUUUCCCGCUUUGCCCCGGGUCAGCGCUCGUUGCUGCGCUGGGCUGGCUUUUGGGAAGGAAAAUGAAAUUCAAUUAUCAUCUAAUGUCAACAAUAAAUAACCUUCACUAUCUAGUGACGCGCUUUCACCUUUUUUGGGGGCAUGGGAAGGCGCACCGAGCUGUGGCGCUUCCAAAGAAAAAAAAAACAACCUCCACCCCGCAGAUGGGGAAAGCGCCGAAACUAUUGCACGAGCCGUGCUGGGUUGUUCUUCCAUUCCCCUGGGCGGGUUUCGCACAUCAUGCCGUAGAACCGUAGCUCGCUGCGGCCCUCUACAGGGUGUGGAGGUGAAAAAGUUUGGAAAGCUUUAACCUUCAACCGCUUGGGACAGUUUUGGAGAAUGUUGUCACUGUGUUUGAUUACUUGAAAAGAUAGCAAACAUGAUACAAAACAGUGAUUUUUUUUUACUUCAUUUUGGUUAAAGUAUGCGCCAAAGAAACCACUACUAGUUUGCUUUAUGUCCAAAAGGUUUUGUUUGAACUUUUGUGAGAAGCUGAAAUGUGUUUAGACCCAAAAAAUAUUCUUCUGGAUAGUCCUUACGGGGAGAAACUACGAUGCAAUGGAACGCCCGUUGCAAGUGGGCCAAUUCAAUUCAAAGUAUUCCAUCAAGACACUCCCAACGGACUUUGUUCUUGAUCUAAUUCUAAGGUUUUUCGAAACAAACUUCAAAAAAGAUCUUUGGAGAAAGAAAGUACACAUGGUUAUACUAUUGUUCGGAUGCAUUACAGGUCAACCUCAAUGUUAGGCUCUAUACCAAAAAAUUUAGUUAGUUCCGGACAAGAUGAGGUAUAGCAUUUCCAACGAAAUAUCUUAUAGUGUGUGGGAGAUAUCAACGUACUUAUCAAUGUUCAGAAUAUCCAAAUGAUUCCGUGAGUAUUAUAUAGUUAAGUCUUGACCAAAACGUUGUCCUACUAUUGGAUGGAGCAUCCAAGUACAUAUGACAUUGGAUGUAGCAUUCAAAUGAACAUCAAAUUCAACUACAUGAUGGGUUUUGAUGUCCUCUGGUAGAUGAUGAUGUCUUUAGGAUGCCCAUAAUGUUAGGAUGUUUAGGACAUAUUUUAAAGAUAUGGGUCCUGUAAUACAUACUACCCUGAGAGCUUCGUUUCACGGCAUGCUCUAGCUCCUGACGUCCUCUCGAGGCUACUGUGAGUGAAGAUAUCAACUAAAUUGAUGUUAGAAAGAUGCUAUUAUUACCUUGAGCAAUGAAAACUAGAAUUUGAAGCAAAUUCUCUGCAUCACCCUGUAAUUUCUUCCCAAAACAAAUCCCCUCGCAUCUACCCGCCCUGCCACGGAAGCCCGCUAUUGUGACGUGCUUUAAUGCUUCGGGUCAUCGACGAAGAUAAACAUCAACCCCUGGUAAUGUGUUCCGCGUCUUCGAAACUUGAGCCCAGCCCCUGUCCUGUCCCAUUGCCACGACCCGCCCAGGACACGCUCAAUCAUACGCCAUCCAUCAAGCGCCGGUGUUUGUGCUUCCCAUUCCCCCCCAUCCUUUGACAACUACUGGAGGAUGCUGGAGGGCAACACCUCAUUGUGCGCGAUGAGUGAUGAGAGCGUGCUGGUACGAAAUUAGAUAGGGUAAAGAUAGUGGGGAGUUCUGAUGCUUUGCUGCGACAGCUUCCAAGCACGCCCGGCCCAUUGUUGUGUGCGGCAGUGCGGCACGGUCAGCGGGCGGCAAAACUGUCGCAGAAUCCGUGUCGCUGCCGCCUCCACGCCAGUGUCCGUGCCCCUCCCCACUGCGGAAGGUUGUAAAUUAAGUCAUACUGCACGUACUUGUACAGCCCUCGAACACACACACUCGCGCGCGCGCGCCACACGGAGCCUUCUCUUUACAUCUUCGUAAGGUACACUCGUCCGUAGCUCGCGGUGUGAUGAAAACUUCCCUCGCACUUUUCCCCACAAGCAUGCACGGUGAUCGAUGAGUGUUGUCGAGGUGGCGGAAAUUCGUUACGCAAACGCUCCAGUGCGCCACCAGCGGGCCCGGAGACUUGCGUGCUUGCAUAACGUGCUCAAGAAUGUUGGAUGUUCGACGUGCAUAAAAAAAAGAGUGAAGAUUGCACAACUUCGAAGUGGAGCAUCGGGGCACCGACGGUUCAAGUGCGCAGGAAGCACCUGCCCCCGUCAGGUAGGCAGGGUUGAGAGCCUGGUUCUUUUUAAAGAACAUUUCUAGCCUUUGGAAGCGCACCAAAUUAAGGCAAAACCACACGGUUGUUGCUAGCCGAAAAGACCCGAACCUACGUAGUGCCAAUGCGUGUGUCAUUUGACAGUUCGGCAAUGGUGGCCCGCCGUGCAACAACCUCCAGAUCGCAUGCACAUCCAUAUCUUCGCUGGGCGUUCGCGUCUCGCUGGAGUUGUCCGACUGCUCCCGUGUGUAUUUACCGCUAGCACACGCACACAGUGGGGUAGUGGAGUUGAACACACACACAAAAAAAAAAACAAGACUUCAGGAAGUGUGGAGUGUGUGCUUGUGUGCAUAAAUUCCGCACCAAUUUCCGUGCCGUUGCGUGCGGAACAAAGUGGGCAGAAUUGUGCCUUCCCUUCCUAUCAACCUGAUCCGAAAACCCAUCGCAAAACUGCCCCUUCCCACACACACACGCACGCAGAUAGGGUGUAGCGGAAGUGCCUCUUCCUGUCCCGCCCGCUUCAGGUUUCGGUAAUAAUGCUAGGCCCACAAACUGAAAGGGGCACCUCUGGGUUGGACGCUUUGCAGCCCAUUAGUGGAAGUGAAAGUGUAGACCUUUUUCUGCCAGUCCCUCCGUUUUUAUCGGACGCACCCUGGCCCAGGCAUCGCCGCUUGCGUUUCUUAGCAGUAGAGCAACUACAGACCGUUGGAGGGGGUUUGGAGGAAAAAAAAAAACAGCGAUACACCAACAUCCAGAGAUGCCGCUUUCACUCUCCCCCCGGAAGAUGUUGGGCCCUAAAAACUGAAUGCGCCCGCCAAGAAGGUAUUGGGCGCCCUAGAACCUACCCGUGCGGAAAGCGUUGAAAGGCGGGUUUUUUGGGAGUUUGGGCAUGAGGGAGAAGACAAAAAAAAGGUAAUUCAACACACACACACACACAACCACACGCACGUGCACCUGUUUGUUCGGAUAAACGAAAAGCUGAGUAUUUCCCAGCUCCGAUUACAUCCCCAUGCCAAGGGGUGUUUGGGGCGUCGCAGUGUUGGAGCUGUAGCGGAUUGGAUGAGGUUUGGAGAUCCCCGGGAGCGGGUAGGGUGGUAGCACAUUCGGGUAAAAGUUGCCAAAAACUUUGCACACACACACACCCACACACACACUCGCUUUUGCCGGGUGCGCUGUGGAAGAACAAACGUGUUCGACAGUAAGCUCAUCAAUGUGUCUGUAUGUCUGUGCCUGUGUGUAAGUCCAUCAGGAGGAGGUUGGAAAACUCGCACACGGCAAAGUGACAAGUUGCUGCUGGCAGGUUUGCAAACUGCACGCGCGAACAUUACUCCAACGCCCCAAAAGUAAAACUUCAACUGUUCCAUGAGGCUGGGCGAUGGCUGGAGCAGUGCAGUUAAAGGUGGCGAUCGGUGUCCUUCAUUUACAGGGUUUUCCAGGAGUUCUCAUAGCUGUGGGACACAUUAUUGACUCUUUCUUAUUGGAAGUGAACUUUAUAUGCUGGAAAUUGGACUCUAUGGCAACCUUUUUGGACAGGCUCCUUGGAAAUUCCUAUUGGAUUUGUCCAACAAGAGUGCUAUAGAGUCCAAUUUCCAUCAUAUCAAGUUCACUUCCCAUAAGAGUUCAGAAAUUGUCCCACAACUAUGAGAACCCCCGGAAGCCCCUGUAAAGCCGCUCCUUUGCGUGAUAUCCUACCCCCUCCCAAGAACAUGAAGCUCCUACAGGGCAGCAAGCAGCGCUCCUUGCAACCGGGUAAAGUUCCAAACCCAACACAAAAAGCUGACAAAAGGGCCACCCCGCCCCGAGGGAAGCAAAUAAGCAAACAGUCGUAAGUCGUGCGUCUUCUCCCCCUCCCCCCCCCCCCCCCUCCACACCCUUUUUCUGGUGGCACUUUGGUCUUUGGCGGUGACCGCUCUACAGUCUACAGCAAGCGGCUACCGCAGCACACGGGUUUGCAUUCGGACUUUAAAUGUCUCCAAAUGGGGUGGGUUUCCCCUCCCCCCCCCCCUCAAAAAGGACGUCUUCUGUGUGGGUGUGUGGAGGCUUCCGUUUGUUCUCAAGAAACUCCACCCUCAUCCCUCACAUCUCGUAAGAUAAGCAUCGCUAGAAGCGUGUACACUCGCCCGGAAGAUGUGGUGAAACUCUUUAAACAACUUUUAAAAUAACGCAACAAAGCCUCAUGCUGUGGGCCACUGCCGGCUGCCUCACGUCCACAAACAACCCCCUUCCCCGCACAGCGUGCCUCAGCCCUGCCCCGAAGGCGUGUGGUUUGACUGAGAUAUGUACCAUUAUGGAUGAGCAUGAUGCACAUCAUUGCCCGCUUUCGGUGCGGGGAGUCAGUUAGAGCGCCCGCCACUGCUCCAGGAUUAAGCUACUUCGGGGACACUCCCCUCGGUGGGUGAGGGGAAGCCGCUUGGCACGUCACCGACGAUGGCGGGUGUGCGGGAAUUGACAUAUUUAUUUUAUACGCCACAGAGAACAGUGCCGCGCGCAACCAGCCGCGUGUGUACUGUCGUCCCUUGCCGGAACACGGCAUUACGCAACAGUUUACACUAACUUUUCAUUUUGGGGAGACACACAAACACACACACAGAGGUGGUGGAAGGUUUCCAACGGUUCGGUGCCACUGUCUUGUCUGGCCGGUGCUUGGCAGCCGCACGCGGCAGCCCACUGUUGCUCGUUGUUUUUCGGUGUAAACGUCCACGGGGCAGGGCCGUUUGUUUGCAAUUUUGGCUGCUGGAGGGAGCCUAGCGCACCCGCACCCAACGGACGUACAUUCGCCAGCACCCCCCCCCCUCCCCCCCCAGUACAACCGGCACUGGCAGGCAAACAACGCCAAAAGAAGAAAAAAAGGACUUCCACACUUUACAACUGGCGAAGGCCACUGGCUUUGCCACUGCGCUGUACCGCAACUUGUUGGACUGGCUGUGCGAAGGGAGAAGGGAGGGCUUUGGGAGGGGAGGCAGCAAUUUGUGGGCAAGUCAGCAUUUAUUCUGGCGCAAUAAAUUCCCCGCACGGGCAGGCGCGAAUUUCGUGGAUGGAGCAGCCUGGUGGUUUUUCGGAGUGGUACCGUGGUACCGUUUUUUAACGAUCGUAUUGGCUGUUCGCAAUCACAUUACGUAGAAUAUGUUACUGAGCGAGUGCGGGAAGGGGAAUUGAGAUGGGGGGGGGGGGGGGAGGGGAGGUGAGUAGAAGCGGAAUGCACAAGAUCCUCCAUUUGAAAACGGGAAGGGCGCCAUCUGCGCGUGGGUUGCGUGCACGGUGGAGCACGGUUACAAACUGCGCCAUCAUCAGGCUCGCAAGCUGUCGACGGUUUAUUUCACACACACCCACACACUCACACACAUGUAUAGAGCUUGCCAAAAAUGCUUCUGCAGUGGGGCACGGGCAAAUCGUAUCAAUUAUUUCGCAUUGCGCGUAUUCCGGAUGGAAUGAUUACAGCAAAGCAACAAGAAAACGGCAACCGAUGGGGAAAUAGAAAACAAACAAACAAAACAAAACGACAGCGCCAACGGUCCAUUCUCGCAUCCGGAUCUCGGUGGGUGUCGAGGGAUCUGGAAUGAAAUCAAACACAUACACACACACACACACACACACACACACACACACACACACACACACACACACACACACACACACACACACAAAACCAUGCAUCGCAUUAUGCUGUGAUGAAAUCCUACCGAAGCAGUAGCGGGCCCUUUGUUUCGAGCGGUGGCAAUGUAGCAGAAGCAAUCCCGUGUCUCCUUUCCCGACCCCGGCGCCCGGGCUCACUGUUACCUAGGGCAGCUAGGGAAGCUGCUAGCUCCAACUCCACCCGCCCGUGACAUAGUAUAAUCCCAAAAACUGACACACAAACACACACAGACCCACAGACAACGGCACACAUUCGUGCUCAUUUUCCCGAAAAACCUGCUCCAUCAUUUGUGGCAAAGGUGUUAAAAAAUUCAACAACCGUCCGGAAAAAUAUACAAACAACAAAAAAAACACACACACACACACACAAACACUCAUAGUUUGCUGGUGAAGCGGAGCGAGCGUGGUAUAAAAAGGGCCAGGUGGAGACAGAGUAACAGAGUAACAACAAAGCAGUCCAAUGUAGAACCAGCAAAAAAGGGGGGAAAAAACCUCACUAUCAGUCCUUUCUCCGAUGUUCCAUCUGUGCGCAAUGGGUGAAACAUAUACGAAUAGUAUUGGGAGUAUUAAAAAGUUUGUAGCGUUUUUUUUUUAUCCAGCUUGGACGUGUUCAGUGAUUAACGAGUUGGGUUAGAAUUGGUUUGAAUGGUUUGAAACUAUUUUCCAUCGUUUUUUCACUAUUCCCUAUUCCCUAUCCUUUUUUGACUUCUUUGUAAUUUGGGAACUGCUGAUUAUGCAGAAGGAUGCUCGAACAACCGGAACAAGCACUAGUCCGAAGAAGCCGAAUGUCUGGGCUUCGCAGCAAGCGGGAAAGAACUUCACAUUCGUCUGUAGACGUCAGAUCACAUGGAAUUGUAAUCGAUGGGAAUUGAUUUCUGAGCUACUCCAGGUGUCUUGGAGAGAUGUAUUUGUACAGGAUCGCCUUCAGAAUUUGCCUCUUGUUGUCCUGCAAUUUCUGUGAUGCUCUGGAAGCUUUGCUGUCUACGGCCUGGAAGGUACUGCGCUUUCUUCAAAACGAAAUUGCCUCUUUUAAACCGUACGAACGGACUUCAACUUGGAUAUGAUUACUCAUAUUAAUGUCAAUAAUGAAGCAGAAUUCUUUGGCAAAAAAAAAAAACAAACUAUUCGUCACGAAUGUUGCCCUGUGUUUGGAACUUGCAAUGUUGUAUUCAUUGUUGCAGAACGAUAGUGGUGUGGCAAACAAAGCCAAAAAAAAAUGGUACAUUAGCGUUGGAGCGAGUGUUCCUUUCUGACUAAACACAAAGCUGCGAACUUACUGUUACGCCUAACAAAUCAACGCCUCCGCCGAUCAUUCUGCGUAUUGCUCGCUGUCUACUUCUUUGUUGUUUUCCGUUGCCAACGCUUUGCGAUAGACAAGACGAAACAAAAUCGCGUCCUUUGCGCCCACCAUUAACCGCGAGCUCGUUCCGGUGGCUUCCGCCAUUGAGUUUCGCCAUCCUUUUGUUGUGCACCACGCGCCUACCCGUGCGUUUUGUACGCGAGUGUGUGUGUGUGUGUGUGUGUGUGUUCCAAGCCAACCGAGCAAACCGACAUUCGUCCUGUCAGCCAGCCGUCAGCCGCCGGGUAAAAGCCAUGCCCGCCUACACCCCCGGUACAAAGGCACACACCAAGUCCAUGACCAGCGCAAAUAGCACGCCGCCAACAUUCGCAAACAAUCGCUUUUGGCGGCUGCUGGGAAGCCUUCCGCUGCUGUAUGUUUGUGUGUGUGUUUUUAUUAUUAACGCCCCACACGCCCGGGUUGGCUCACGGUUCACCGCUCACACCGGCAAUGGAUGGUCUGCAGGGCAUGACUCGGAACAAUGGUGAUACAAUGGUGGAUAAUCCUCAGAAACGCUCGAACCAGAUGGGCCAACAAUGUCCGGCGCUGGAGUUGAAGGGUUCCUAGGAGCAGGAGCUUCAGCAGAACUACAGGGGAAAGGGUAGGCAGUGCGGAGGGUCGUGUGCUGAGUCACGAAUUUUUCACUAAGUGAAAGCUUACACAAGAGAAAACGGCGGGCAAAUGUCGGCUAAUGGUGCUUGCAAGCGUGUGCCGCUCACGAAUCCGGCUCGAAGGACCAAACAGCAUCUUCCAGCUGGAGCGAAACAGAAGUGGCGAAUGUAAAUCGAUCGGCGGAGGCUUGCUGAGAAUCCUGCAAAUCGUGCCGAAUGCAAGACACCCCCUGUUUAGCUUAAUUGCUUAUGCAUACUUCAAAUUCCUGCAAUUUGAAGGCUGUGUGUGUGUGUUUGUGUUUUCUUUCGCCAUCUGGUUGCCUUCCACGCGGUAGCUACUGGUUUUGCAAACUCCUUAUUGACGUCAUUCAAGCGAAAUCCACUAGAACGGAUAGAAAUAGGCAUUCCGGGAAGGGCUGGUCCGCAGAAAGUAGUGAGUGAGACAGAGAUAAAGAGUGCCACCAUUACUCUACAAUACUCCUCCCCGCCCCUUCAUUGAUUGGAACGAAAAACUGGGAAUCGCUUAAAUUGACUUCAACGUCAUGCAACCUAUUUUUUUUGUUGCUGCUUUGUACACUCACUCAUACCGAGAAGAUGCAAAAUUUGAAUAAAAUUCACGAACGUUCCUUUGUACCUUGUAGCAGUGAAACACACGGCGCAACAUAGCCCGAAAGGCUGCGAACAUGAUAUUUUUGGUGCGGGAGGACGGCCAGUUGCGCGAGGCAAACGGCCGGAACUACGCAACGCCACUGCCUGAAACGCACCGCGAUUGCCGCGAUACAGGCGCUUUUUUUUCUUCGCUUUCGCCCCUGUUGCGCUGCCUCGCACCACCGAUGCUGAUAUUGAUCAAUCAGAAAGCAUCUGGCCGAUUUGCGAAAACAGAGCAGGGAACCGCCUAAAUGGAACCGCGGGAUGGAACACAUUACCCAUCCCCCCUUUUCCCUUCGCUACUCUUCCCCUUUAGCGAUAUCCAUUCGCAGUUUCAUCCGCUUGCUUACUGGAGCUGUCCUAGUUUGUGCGUGGGUGUGUGAUUUCUUUCUUUUUUUUUUUCGACCACCGUGUCCCUUUUUGCUUCCUCCCAAACUCACCUGCCCCUUAUCGUCUGGCCGCACCCGGGCUGCAAGAAGUAAUCGAUACGCGAGAUGUUUAUUUUCGAUUUUUAUUGUCAGCAUCGGCCGUCGUUAUUUCGUACGCUUUUUGCACCCUCCUUUCUCUACCCCCCCCCCCCCCUCCGCCUCCAUAGAAUUGGUUAAUCUUUCUUCAUCCGAUUGCUUGACGAAUCGGUCAGUACGAAAGUGCCACGAGAAACGAAACAUAAGAAACAGCACCAGCAAAACUAUUACGCGUUUGGUCCUUCGAACCGGAUUCGCAAUACGCAAGCGGGCUCGUAGCCGCGCAGAGCGUGAACGGGUGAAAGAUCAAUACACACAUAAACCAAAAUUCCUUUUGGGCUGCGUAAUGGCAUGCGAAAUGUUCAUUGUUUUGUGAUCGUUUUUCUUUUUUUUUUUGCUUUCUUUGCGUAUUCUUUUCUCAUCUUGCGGGGCGGUAAAACUCAAAACUCACGCAGGGAGAAAGACAUUUCAGUGCACUGAAAUACAUUGUGUCACCGUGCUGGGAUUUUUUUCCCCCUUUUUACGCUCCGUUUUUACUGGCAAGUUAAAUGUUUUCUUAAUACUCAUUCUUGUUUCAUCGCCUGGGCACUAACGCAAAAUAGAAAAAAAAAAACGAAUCAUUUAGCCGCUCAGCCAUGAAAUCGAAAAACGGUGCUCGGCACCAUUUUGCUCACACUUGGCACACCUUUUCCCGGCACGGAGGAUCCAUUUUUGUUGUUUGGUUUGGUUUGUCCUCAGCUCAUCGAAAUGAAAUUAUGGUGUUCCCAUGUUGUUUUGGCAGUCAACGCGCCGUUGUUGCUGGCAAACUGCUGCCAAUUAAAAUUUGCCAUCGAUUUUCCGCGCUACGGCGCCUGGCCCUUGACAUUCGCACACCGCGCACAUAGAUGAAGAUGGCUGGUAGAAGGCAGCGCGGUAGAUGAGUCCCUGUGCCGUAAUUCCCUCGCAUGUUGACCUGGUUUUCGCCCCCUUGUUUUUGGGCCCCCCGUGUGAAGGAAAUUUCCCUACAAGCGUACUCCUUCUGUGAGUCUCCACUCCAUUUUCCCCUGAUUUUUUGUUGUUAUUUUCUGUCCCUGAUUUAGUGUUGUUUGUACAGCAAAUCAAGCAGCUUGAUUGAACGCACGACCCACGUUGCGAGAGCGUUAGGAUGGAUAAAUAAUAAUUAGAGAACAAUAAUGAUCGAGCCUUGGUGUCGGGUUCAUGCACGCUGCAAGGGAAAGUAGAGCAAAACAGAAAGAUGUUCUCUCAGGGUAAACGCCCCGUGAACAUUUAAAAGUUGAAACGGACUUAAAAAUAAAAAAAACAAACAAAACUAGAUUGAAAAUAAAAUUGCAAAAUUAAACCAAACUAACCGUGCAUAAACAAAGUAGUUCAAAGGUGCAAAUCCUGAAGCAAGUUGGAACAAUCGAAACGAAAAAGAAGAAGAAAAACAACCGAAAGUUUUCCACCAGUCUAGGCGAAUAGUGAAACCAAUUCCUAACCAAGGUGUAAUAGAUGUUAAAGCAUCCGUUGUUUUUUUUUUUGUUUUCAUAAUAUCAUAUUUAUAUCUUCCUAAAACGAGACUAGCAGCGGCCUUUGGCAGAUACAAAAAGGAAAAGAAAAAUAAAACACACACAGAGAGAACAUAAAGCAACACGUUAAUGCAAAAGUUUAGGGAAAGGCUUUCCCUCGAUGGAAAGGUACAAAGUCAAAGCGCACAGGGGGGGGAGGUAGAGUGCGAUAGAGGGCGUUAUUAGCAAAAAAAAUGGAGAACGCAAGUAGCAGUUUUGCUUUCUCGGCACCAAUGGGCACAACACUUGGGAACCGUUCUGUAUUCGUAGAUACUACUACUCUCCCAACUACACUGUGACGAUCUUAAGUAAGUAGGACUAAGGAUUAAGCAUUUGCAAACUAAUCACGUGCGUGAUGGGUAAGUGUGUGUGUAAGUAACUGUUUUAUCGAAAUUAUUAGGAAACAAAUCGAAACCGGGUGCUGGGGAGGUCAGACGAGAGAUCCAAAGGCUUUGCUUCCUGCAGGAAAGAUCAGAAAAAUAGAGAAAUAGCGAGAGAGAGAGAGAGAGAUGGAGAGAGGAAAAUAUCGCAAAGAGGGAACAAAAAAGGCAUGAUGAGAGAGCAGCGUUAAAUAUGAACCACUAAUAACACUAGCUGAAUAGUUGAAGGACGCUUCUGAAAGGCGAACUGCCAUGUGAAAGGUGCUCGACAAAGCGCCGAAAGUUAUGCAAUCUGCGUAGCAAAACAGUCUAAUUUUGCUGGCUGCCGCACAGCUUGCUUAGCGAGUAGGAGAGGGAAAAGAAAUGGAAGUUCAGCAGCAGCAGCAACAGCAGUGUGAAUAGCGAAAUAGUAACCCGAUAAGCACAAGCUUAGCCACUCUGUUAAAGUCUUUGCCCCGUUUUGUAUCCAACCGAGUGCUCUUGGAGCAUCUUUGUGUACGCUUUUGUUGUGAUUUGUGCAGUGCAAAACUACUAACUACGUCGUUUUAGGAUAGGUUAUAACCAAGCCCAGUUUGCUGUUUAGUACCUUCCGGUGCGUUGUCCCGCUGUGUGGCUCGCACUUGCCGCCUGUUACUGCUGUCGCUCAACCACAGAGAAGAGCAUUGAGCAGCCCCUGUGCAAUAGUGGACCGUGCACUUAUCUGUCAGAUGGUGUACACUAACAGUGAGGUAACUCCACCUUCUGUUUCUGCUCCUGCUAGUUGCGUGCUUCAUUUUGUAACAUCCUAAAUAUAUUGCAACCGUGCGCAUAAAGCUGGUAUGUGAGGAAAACUGCUCACGAAAAGGCCUUUUUUCUGCUAGUGAACAUUGCUUACGAACAUUCCGCUCUGUACCGAGGUCGAGUGUCAUAUGGGCAACUGCAGCUUCCGCCGGCAGAGGGUUGAAAUGGAAACAGUAUCAGCUAGAGACCAUCAGGUGACAGUGAAAGGAUGUCGCAAACUUUACUGUGAAUGUGUAGCGAAAAGGAAAAUGAUAUGUAGUGGUAACGAUAAAACAAAACAAAUCCACACACACAUACACAAAUUGCCGCAGUACGAGAGCGAAAUUGUAAGUGCGAUCCGGUAAAACACUAGUCAUUUAAUCACUUUCUACCGAGGAGCUAACCUCACUAAGAUGGUGCGACGAAACACGCACAAACGCUUCUAGUGAAUGCAUACAUAGACACUAGCUAAACACACACACACACAUACACACACAUACACAUUAAAUAAAAUCUCAGAGACCAGUAAAUCAGUGCACAAAACACACAACAAUCUUGUGAUAAUCAGUGAGUGUUCGUUAGGAUUGUUUUGUUAUGUUUUAUUUUUUAACGCGAGAAGUAUAGUAAUCGAAUGAACGGUACGACUAGCCUGAGUACAACGUUUCUGUUAGCUUUUGCUUUGCCGUUUAGUUGUUGUAGAAAUAUAUAUAUAUACAUCAUAUACAUAUAUACAUAUGACGGGAUGGGGAGGGAUUGCGUAAAGCGAGAGUUCUAGUUGCUUCGUAUGCGAUGCUACUGCUCAUACUCUUAUCAGCACAUCAGCACACUCAGUUCAGGGUGGUACCGCUGGGCAGGACACUAAGAUAGGACCGCGUCACUACUGGCACGGGAUACUAAUACUAAGCGAAGUGGUCCAUCGCACGGUGUAGGGAGUGUGGCUGUACGCGGUGGGCAGAAAUCGGAUUGACAUAUCACAUCUAACUAAAGAAGCAAAAACACGCAGACACACACACACACACACAUACACACAUACAUACAUCUACGCCAAGCUACUACAAACUCUACUGCGACAGAGUGCGAGUGACAGGUGACGUCAGGGGCUGAGGUAAGAAAGGAAAGAAAGGCAGCCAUGCAAAAAGGGAAUAACCAAUGCAGCACACAGGCUCAUUCUCAAACUAACGAACUAAUGCAACAUGCAUACACAAAUACAGCCUACAUUACGAGUACCAAUUUAAUAAAUGACGCAUGAUAAAAAAAGGAAAAGAAAGAAACCGACACGAAGCGACCGUAAGCAACAUGAAGCUAACAAACGAAACGAACCAAUUUCAUAAUGGAAGUGAAGCCUUUUUGUUGUGCAAACUUAAAUCGAGUUUGUGGAAAAAUGAAUUAAACUGCUUAGCACAGCGACGGGCAGCAAUGCAGGUGCAGUAGGGAGGAAGAAAAACGUUCAUUCGUUUCGCUACCCUUUAUUUAUCAAACACUGAAGUAAAACAGAAAGGUUGCUGUUUCAGUUGCUUGCUGCAAAAUAUUAAAAAUAAAUACUAUAGCUAAGUGCUAAUUUUAUGCAGAAAUUUGUACACAAUGAUACACACCGGCACCGGUAGCAUGGCAAAACAGAAGAAACAAAAACAAAUCAAAGUGGAACAAAUCGCUAUUACCAUUUGCACGGCUCGGUGCAAACAGCAGCAGCGCGUACAUUAUUCCUAACAUAAUAAUCCUUACUCAUACUUUGUAAAAUAAUAGAAAAUGGUCCGAAAACGAGCGAAUCUGUGUUGCUAUAUAAAGAGAAGAGAAAUAAGAAAAAAAAACAAGAUGCAAAAUAAAACACUAAAGUGGAGCAAAAUUUCCACAGGACAGGAGGGGGGGAGGAAACCAAUUUCGAAAGCAAGACAAAACAAACAAAACAAAAACAAUGUGGAUAGCAAAAAUGAGUGAAUCUCGUCGAAUGCUUGUUGCUUAGUUAGGGCACCGGUUUGUUUGUUUCCAGUUUGCCGUUCCAGUUUCAGUUUGGCGAGCGUACCGUGUUUUUUGAACAGAAUAUAUAUAUAUAUAUAUAUCUAUAUACAAAUGUUACUUCCUUUUCCCUUCCACCCACCAGCGGCAGGUGGCAGAAUGUGUGCGCUUGUGAACGAAGCAGAGGAAGCACACACAAAGACACACACACACAUACACAACAAAUUCUCCCAGUAUCGCACUGACGAGUUUUUAGCACCAAACACAUUCGAACCAAGUAGCUGUCGCUGGAACCAAUAGGGAGAAAAAGAAGAGAAAGAAGUGGAAGGUGAUCAUUAAAGGCGUAGGAUACACAGAUAUAUCAUACCUUAAGGCACUUUGAAAAAGAAUGAAUAGUGAAAAAUAGAGAACGAACAGAAUAAACAAAGUUAUUAACAAACAAACGUCACGAACACAAGAGAAGAAAGAAAAAUGCAAGAUAAAAAGUGACAAUGCAGAAUAACGAAAACAAAAAAAAACACAUAAAAGUCGCUUAGGAAGAAAAUUCACACAUCCACACAAACACAAACACGCGCUCUCUCGCUCACACACUCUUGUAAGAGAAAAUAAAGUUGAUAAUAAGAGUUGAUAAUCACCAUAGAUAAAACGUUAGCAACCAAACUUUAAAGGCGAUGAAAAAAUAAACGAAAGAGAGAAUAAUAAAGAGAAAGAUAGAGAGAGAGAGAGAGAGAGAGAGGAGAGCGAGCGAGAGAGAAAGAAUGAUGAAAAAGGGGUAGAGGUCCUGUAGAAAAUGGUAGGAAGAAAGGCGGCCAGUGUUAACACUUCAUUAAAUUCUAUUCAUCUCUAAUACCCUCACAACGAUGUAAACCACACCCCGCUCUCUAUCUCUCUUUCUUACUAAGAUAUAUUACAUAUACAUACUUACACACACACACCUACAUAUACAAGACACUUAUAGGUCUCGGCACCGAAGAUGAUGUAACACUAGCACUUUGUCCUCCUACCCCCGUUAAGCCAACAGCAACAUACAGUAACCUAAACAGAGAAAAAAAAAAUCACACACCUACACACCCACAACACACAGUAACAACCAAAACGCAACAAGAGGAAACAAAAAGACAUCAACAAUUCUAUGCGCAAUUUUGUCCUAGCACGCGGAACGCGUUGCGCGAGCGAAGGUACGCAUGAGGAAAAUUAUAAAAAUAGAUGAAAAUAAGAAUUUAAUUAAAUGGAUCAAAACCAAAUCAAACCGAUCAAA